AUGUCACAAUUUAAUAGGAAAUUAAAUAAUUAUACGCCAAAACAAUUUGGUAUUCUCACAAGACGAAAGUUUGUUAAUAAUAACACAAUCGACUUAUUCGCAAUGAGAAAUUAUCAGCAAAACGAUUUAACCACAAAGAAAAAUCGUGAAUUAUCGAAAAUUCGAUAUGAAAAUUUCGUAAACAAUAAAUUACCAAAUAAUUCCAAUGAGCUGUCAUUGCGAAAAGUGGAAAUUGGAAACAACGAGCAACAAUCAAUCCAACUUUCAUCACUCGUUCGAAGUGCUGCUGAUAUGUUAAAAUCACUCCAAAAAAUUGCAAUCCAGGGACAGAAUGCUCAAUACACUGAACAAAUUAUUCGACAAAGGCAAUCAAUGCAACCGCUACUAGCAGCAACACGUGAAUUUCGACCGGGAAAAAAAUUAUCAAUAGCAUCUAAUCUCGACAGUAUGCCAAGUACCAUACAUAAAGACAAUCUUCGAAGUAAGACAACAGCAGCAGAAGAUGCAGCAUGGGCAGAAUUGUUAUUUGGUCCACGUGGCGUGCUAACAGCUGUUUUCCAUAUUCUUGAUGAUCGACGUAAAAUAAAGGAAAAAAUAGGAGACAAAAUUGCAAUCAAUAGAAAUGGUAACGAUAACAGUGAAACAACUAACACUUAUCAUCAAUCAGAUUUGUCAUUACUACCCGAUUUCUUGGUAGACGCAAAACCAAUCGAUUUUGCAAAAAUUUUUGAAGCAUUUUUAACUGGUUCAAAAGGAAAUUUUGAUGAGCGUAUUUUUAAUUUACCGGAAAUAUUGGGAAUUUGUAAUCGACUUAGCUGUGGAGAUAUUUAUAAAGCUAUUGAUGAAUUUCGGAAAAGUGAAUUUUUCAUUAAUUUUCAGACAGCAUUGCAGCUAAUACAAGAUCCAAAAGGAUGGGAGAUUCUCGGUGAUCUCAUUUCAAAUCCUGAUCUGAUCGCUCAAUUCAUUAAUGGUUCAGAAAAUAAAGGUGACCGUGGUAGCAUAGGAAAUUUGUUUGGAAGUAUUACUCGUGCUUCAAAAUCAUCGAAAAAUAGUGGUAAAGAAAUUGGUCCAGAAGACGGCGAUAUCGGCAUCGAUUUCAGCAAGAUGAUUGAAAAUGGCCAUGGUGGUGAAUUUAGAAAAGCAAAAAAACCAACUGCCGAAGAACUACCUGAAAUUGCCGAGAACAUUGAUGGAAUUGAUUAUUACAACGCCAUUGAAAGUGGCGCAGAUGUUGAUGGUAUGGAAACGAUUGCUAAAUCGGAUGUCGAUGCAACAGCAGGAAUUACUACGAUGGUACCUUUAAUGCAAACUACAGCACUACGUGUAAUUCCGGAUCAAGAUUUAAUAUUGCCCGAAAUUUCUGAAAAUAUUGAUCAAAUCGAGCAGACUAAAAUGAUAAUCGAUGCCACUAUGCCAAUUUCAGCAAAAAUUUUAAGCCGACAAACUGCUUCCACUCUUCGAAGAUUACGACGUCCUUAUGUUACAGUAACUUACAAACCUGUUAUGGCAAAAACAACAGCUGUUCGCAAGCAAGCCACCACCACCUCUAUUAUCCCAACAAUAACUCGUUAUCCUAGCAUAACCGCUAUAAGAUCAACUUUUACGACAACAACCAGAAAUUUCCGAGAAGACAGUGAUUAUUAUGCUAUGUAUUAUGACGAUGUCAAAGGUUAA